AUGAAGAUCAAGCAAGUCCACAGUGACAUUAAACCCCUCAAUCAAAUAAGCAGCCUUAUAACUUUCCCACUCGCAUUUUUUCCCCUCAUCUAUAUAGUUGUACCGAGUCAUCGUACUCCCAUUCCCAAACUUAUCAACACCCUCGAAAUAAUAUAUCACGGGCUUUCCACACGGGCCCAGCUCGAUGGGCCGGACAUCGAACGUGAACGGGCCGUCGUUCCAAGCCCAUGUCGAAAAUUGGUGUGCUCAAAUUCUUCGCGGUCUCGUAAAAUGGGUACAAUUGCACGGUGUAGCCCCACGAGACGGAUAUGGACCAGUUUCGGGUCGUGUCGUAGCAGAAAGUGUGUUGUAGGGUUUGGGCAGGGUCGGAUUUGUAGGCGGUGA